AUGAGCAGCGCAGUGUCACAUGCGCUGGGACCCGAGCCGUCACCAGCAACCGCGAGCGAAACCGCCGCAUUUCCUGUUGUGCCUCAUGCGGUGAUCCAAAGCAUACAAUGCGCACGCUGCUCUCAGAUUCUUCGUUCGCCGCUGCGGCUGCCAUGCGGAAAUUCGAUCUGCCGGUCAUGUCUCCCGCCGAUUUAUCAACGUACGGGUAUCACGUAUCCCGCGAACGAGGAGCGGAAGCAUGGAUUUUCAUGCUACAUGGGGAAGGCUGAUGCGUGUUCCGGAGAGCACUGCCUGGGUGAUUGUGGAGCGGACGUCUUACUGAGUCGACUGGCCGAUGUUUUCGAGGAGGUUCUUGCGGUCGACCGCGGAGAUGGUUCAAGCGAAGGCGCGUCUACAGUUACGUGGAAAGCCUCCCGAGAUGAACCACAGGAAGUGACCACACAGUGUGAAACUAUUGGGACGGAUCUGCUGAAGGGAAUUUACUGUCUCGUCAAAGAGGGCCGGUUCGAUUAUGAUGCGUCGGAGGUACACUAUUCGGUCGGGGACCUUGGUGCUGACAGCUCAACCCAGCGCUCAUAUACAAAGCUCAAGAAUGCGAUCAGGAAUGAGUUGGAUUGUCAAGUGUGCUACUCCCUUAUACUGGAUCCGUUGACUACGCCAUGUGGCCACACGUUCUGUCGCGACUGUGUCACGAUGGUGAUGGACCACAGUGAUCUCUGCCCUGUCUGUCGCCGGAAGCUGAACUUGUCCUUAACUUCCCGAAGAGAGCCCAGCAAUCUGAGGAUCUCGACUAUCUUAGAGACGCUAUUCCCCGAGCAGUUGGCGAUGCGGAAAGAUGACACUUCCGAUGAUGAUGACGCGGCCGCCGCUGACGAUGAACAAACGCUUCCCCUGUUUGUGAACUCGCUGUCUUUUCCUACCAUGCCAACCUUCCUGCAUAUCUUUGAGCCUCGGUAUCGCAUAAUGAUGCGCAGGAUUAUGGAGACGAGGGGCAAGAAAUUCGGCAUGGUCAUGUACAACCGCGGCAGUCGGCCUCAGACAGGAUUGGGGCGGUCUGAGUUUAUGCAGUAUGGUACAGUCUUGAUGGUUGAUCGCUAUGAGCUUCUCCCAGACGGUAGAAGUCUGGUUAUUGCCACUGGUGUCUCCCGAUUCAAGGUAAGCAGCUCGGAAGUGGUUGACGGCUAUCAUGUCGGCAGGGUACAACGUGUGGAAGAUAUGUCAAUCACUGAAGAAGAGCGACUUGAGUCAUUGGAAACAUCAGUCACAAUGGAAGCGCCGCCGGCGGCAAGUGCUGAUCCUGCAUAUACCCCUAUAGAAGUCCUGCCGACCCAGCAGCUAUUUCAAAUGGCUCUAGACUUCAUUGACGAACAACGUCGUAAGGGAGUCGCUUGGCUUCAUCCACGCGUCCUAAUGGCCUACGGUGAUACACCCACUGAUCCCGCUCUGUUUCCAUGGUGGCUUGCUAGCGUCUAUCCUUUGUGGGAAGACGACAAGUAUUCGUUAUUAGCAACGACUAGUGUCAGAGACCGUUUGAAGAUUGUUGCCCGAUGGGUCAAAAAGUCAAGGUCUCGAGAAUGGUAG